AUGGAAGAUCCGGACUAUAAGGAGAAAUUCCCUACAAUUCCAUUUCCAAACAAGCCUCGUCGACCCAACAGUGGGAAGGAGUACAGACGUCGCUUGGAAGAGUCUGGAUUGACAAGAGUCUAUAAUCCCGAUGAAUACCGAAUUAAGAUACGCGGUAUUGCGGUCUGGGACACUACCGCACAUCCUUCGCCCCAGCAGUCUGGCGUCCUCACCUAUCUCCGCCAAGUGUGGCUCUGCAGCGCACACUACUCCAAUGCCGGCGGCGGUCUUCCAGACCAAGAACUUGCAAACGUCGCUAUGGCCUGGAUGAUGCAUCAACUAACAUCGAUUGGCAUAGCAUUCCAUGACGACACAAUCGAUAAAAUCUUCGAGCAGACUGUGCGCUACUUCUUUGAUCACCUGCACGGCUCUGGUGCCAAUGGAUCAUCUAACUCUGAACAGUGGGCUGAUAAAUGUGUUUACGAUGAACACAAGCCCGUUAGACCCUGGGGUCUAGGUGAGAUUGUUCAGCCUGAUACGGGAUUCUAUCAUCUCGCUGGUAAGACGACUCGGACGCCGGGGCGGUAUCGGCGUAUUACCCUGAGAUUGGGAAAACAACUUCGAGAUUCUUAG